AUGUGGCCAGGAGUGAGGAAGACAGAUAUGAAGAGGGAGGAAAAGGCAGACAUGAAGCAGACAGACAGGAAGCAGACAGGCACGAAGCAGGAAUAUAUGAAGCAGACAGACACGAAGCAGGAAGACAUGAAGCAGGCAGACAUGAAGCAGGCAGACACGAAGCAGGAAUAUAUGAAGCAGACAGACAUGAAGCUGGAAUAUACGAAGCAGGCAGACACGAAGCAGACAGACACGAAGCUGGAAGACACGAAGCAGGAAUAUAUGAAGCAGGCAGACACGAAGCUGGAAGACACGAAGCAGACAGACACGAAGCAGGCAGACAUGAAGCAGGCAGACACGAAGCUGGAAGACACGAAGCAGGCAGACACGAAGCUGGAAGACACGAAGCAGGCAGACACGAAGCAGGAAGACAUGAAGCAGGCAGACAUGAAGCAGGCAGACAUGAAGCAGGCAGACACGAAGCUGGAAGACACGAAGCAGGCAGACACGAAGCUGGAAGACACGAAGCAGGCAGACAUGAAGCAGGCAGACACGAAGCUGGAAGACACGAAGCAGGCAGACACGAAGCUGGAAGACACGAAGCAGGCAGACACGAAGCAGGAAGACAUGAAGCAGGCAGACACGAAGCAGGCAGACACGAAGCAGGCAGACACGAAGCAGGCAGACACGAAGCAGGCAGACACGAAGCUGGAAGACACGAAGCAGGCAGACACGAAGCUGGAAGACACGAAGCAGGCAGACACGAAGCAGGAAGACAUGAAGCAGGCAGACACGAAGCAGGCAGACAUGAAGCAGGCAGACAUGAAGUGGGCAGACACGAAGCAGGCAGACAUGAAGCACACAGGCAUGAAGCAGGAAUAUAUGAAGCAGGCAGACACGAAGCAGACAGACACGAAGCAGGCAGACACGAAGCAGGCAGACACGAAGCAGGCAGACACGAAGCAGACAGACACGAAGCAGACAGACACGAAGCAGGCAGACACGAAGCAGACAGACACGAAGCAGGCAGACACGAAGCUGGAAGACACGAAGCAGGCAGACACGAAGCUGGAAGACACGAAGCAGGCAGACACGAAGCAGGAAGACAUGAAGCAGGCAGACACGAAGCAGGCAGACAUGAAGCAGGCAGACAUGAAGUGGGCAGACACGAAGCAGGCAGACAUGAAGCACACAGGCAUGAAGCAGGAAUAUAUGAAGCAGGCAGACACGAAGCAGACAGACACGAAGCAGGCAGACACGAAGCAGGCAGACACGAAGCAGGCAGACACGAAGCAGACAGACACGAAGCAGGCAGACACGAAGCAGGCAGACAUGAAGCAGGCAGACAUGAAGCGGGCAGACACGAAGCAGGAAGACAUGAAGCAGACAGACACGAAGCAGGAAUAUAUGAAGCAGGCAGACACGAAGCAGACAGACACAAAGCUGGAAGACACGAAGCAGACAGACACGAAGCAGGCAGACAUAAGGCGGGCAAACACGAAGCUGGAAGACAUGAAGCAGACAGGCAUGAAGCAGGAAUAUAUGAAGCAGGCAGACACGAAGCAGGCAGACACGAAGCAGGCAGACACGAAGCAGACAGACACGAAGCAGGCAGACAUGAAGCAGGCAGACACGAAGCAGGAAUAUAUGAAGCAGGCAGACACGAAGCUGGAAGACAAGAAGCAGAUAGACACGAAGCAGGCAGACACAAAGCAGGAAGACAUGAAGCAGGCAGACAUGAAGCAGGCAGACAUGAAGCGGGCAGACACGAAGCAGGCAGACACGAAGCAGGAAGACAUGAAGCAGGCAGACAUGAAGCAGGAAUAUACGAAGCAGGCAGACACAAAGCAGGAAGACACGAAGCAGGCAGACACGAAGCAAGAAUAUAUGAAGCAGGCAGACACGAAGCUGGAAUAUAUGAAGCAGGCAGACAUGAAGCAGGCAGACACGAAGCAGGCAGACAUGAAGCAGGCAGACAUGAAGCAGGCAGACACGAAGCAGGCAGACAUGAAGCAGGAAGACAUAAAGCAGGCAGACACGAAAAACAGAGUGAGCGAGGGGUCAGAGAGGAUAAGGAUGAAGAUGAAAUUGUAG